AUGUUUGAGAGAGAACCUUUAUUGGGUGGAGACAAGUCCAUUCAUAACAAAAAAUCAAAGUCAAAUAUAAAACAAAAUAUAUCAUACAUCUUAAAUAUAACUACAAUAUUAACAAUAAUUUUCUUAUAUUUCCACAUAUCAAAUUUAGAUAAAUCUAAAAAUGAAGAGGAAAAACCAUUUGAUCCCCAAGGCAAAAAAAAUAUAAUAAUGAUGGUGACUGAUGGAAUGGGACCAGCUUCAAUGUCAGCAGCAAGAUCAUUUCGUCAAUUUCGAGAUGAAUUACCAAUGAAUGAUGUAUUAACAUUAGACCAAUAUCUUAUUGGUACUUCAAGAACAAGAUCUUCAAGUUCAUUAGUCACUGAUUCGGCAGCUGGUGCUACAGCUUUUUCAUGUGCUUUAAAAUCAUAUAAUGGAGCUAUUGGAGUUGAUCUGAAUAAAAAUCCAUGUGGUACCAUAUUAGAAGCUUUAAAAUUACGAGGAUAUUUUACUGGAUUAGUCGUAACUACAAGAAUAACUGAUGCAACCCCAGCAGCUUUUAGUUCUCAUGCGGAUUAUAGAUUUCAAGAAGAUUUAAUUGCACAACAUCAAAUUGGGGAAUAUCCAUUUGGCAGAGCAGUUGAUUUAAUAUUGGGUGGUGGUAGAUGUCAUUUUUAUCCUUCAACUAUUCCAGGAGGUUGUAGAGUAGAUAAUAGAAAUUUAAUAAAAGAAACAAAGAGAAAAGGUUGGUCAUAUGUUGGUAAUAGACAAGAGUUUGAUGCUUUAAAUGGUGGUAAAAAUGUUACAUUUCCAUUAUUGGGAUUAUUAGCUGAUACCGAUAUUCCUUAUGAUAUAGAUAGAGAUUCAAAAGAGUACCCAAGUUUAGCUGAACAAGUUAAAGUUGCAUUAACUGCAUUAUCUGAAGCUACAAAAGAUUCAGAUCAAGGUUUUUUUUUGUUGAUUGAAGGUUCAAGAAUAGAUCAUGCUGGUCAUCAUAAUGAUCCUGCUGCUCAAGUAAGGGAAGUAUUAGCUUACGACAAGGCUUUCCAAGAAGUUAUCAAAUUUAUUGAUUCAACAGAUGUUGAAACUGUUGCUAUUUCUACAAGUGAUCACGAAACUGGUGGAUUGGUUACAGCAAGACAAGUUUCUGAAUCUUACCCUGAUUAUUUAUGGUACCCAGAAGUAUUGUUAAACUCUACAAAAUCUGGAGAUUAUUUAUCUCGACAAAUAUAUCAUUUCAAAGAUAAAAAAUCUAAAAAGUUUGAAACUUUUAUCAAAAAAGAUAUUUUGGAAAAAUCAAUGGGUAUAACUGACUACACCAAAACAGACGUAGAAUCAAUAAUAGAAAACUCAACAAACCCAGAAAAAGUAUUAUUUAUCCUAAACAAUAUCUUAUCAAUAAGAGCACAAAUAGGUUGGACAACUCAUGGACAUUCAGCAGUUGAUGUAAAUAUUUACGCACAUACAAAUUCUCAACAAUUAUUAAAAUUAUUGAAAUCAAGAAAAUCUUAUGAAGGUCUUACUGGUAAUCAUGAGAAUAUUGAAAUUGGUGCAUUUAUGGAAUCAAUUACUGGUUCCAAUUUGAAUCAAAUUACUGAAAUGAUUAAACUGACUGAUCAUUCUCCAAGUAAGAAAGAUUUUGAAGUUGCAAGUGCUAAAGGGUUUGCUAAUUUAAUUGAUAAAUUGCAUGAAAAUGUUGUAUAA